GGUCGAUUGCUUCUGGCUUUGGUGUCAUUUGUAUUUAUUACGACUUGACAAACUCUACAAUUACAACUACUAAAGCAGAACUAGCUUAGUCUUGUCAGUUAGAUGUUACAAGGCGCCUCUAUGUCUUGCGAAGAAGUGGUGUUAACGGUGCGUCUGGUGCGUUCCUUUGAGCACCGGAAUUUUAAACCUAUUGUUUUCCAAAACGUGUCUCUGAACCAGACUGUGAAUGCGUUCAUUGCCUUUGUAAGAAAUGACAUUACUACUAGGCCAGGACUUCCUCCCCCAUUUAAGAAGCAUGAAUAUGACACAAUGAAGAUCAUUCAUCAGGCACAUGGAGCAAAGACAAAUGAAUUAGUAAUGAGUUUGGAAGAUGAUGAUAAACUUCUAUUGAGAGAAGGUACUACUUUGAAAGCAGCGGGAGUAGGUAAGAAUGAAUGCAAUGACUGUACUAUAGGUAAACUACUGUAUGGGUGUGGGGGUUGUGGUAUUAAUUUAAUUUCUUAUUGAAGGUAUUGAUAUACCACAUUUUAAUAAUGACUUUUGUAUCUCUUGUAGCAAAUGAAACAGAACUAGCUUUCUUCUGGAUGGAAGACUAUGAAAGAUAUAAAGCAAACCCAACAUCUAUAUGGUGAAAGGGACAUACAUUCAGAAAGGUUUUCAAUUAUUAUUUUUGAAUAUUUAAGCUGGAUUGAUUCCCUUUAUCAGUCAGUUAAGAAACUACGGCAUUCAAACUAAGGAACACAGCCGCAUAAAGUUGCCAAAUUGUACCUGGCAUUUGUUAACAGCUGUUAGUUUGUUUUUAAUUGUGUGAAAUGAUUCAGCCUUUGGUUUUGACAUGUGGUUAUAACAUGCAUGCACAUCUAUUGAAGACCACCUAUUUGUAGUUUAAGGGUAAGUUUUUAAUUUUAUGUGGCUUUUGUAUUGCUUCAUGUUUCCAAACCACAACGUGCCAAUACCUCGGCUCGCAUGCGUCUGAUUCAGGAUACUGGGCUGGAAUCUACAGCUGCCUGUGUUGUUGGACUUGUGCUCCUGUGUCUGAUGGCUGUUUGCAGCCUUUAAAAUAUAGAUUUUUUUUUUUUUUUGCAUGGAGAAGUGCUAGUUGCAGGUCUACAUGAAGGCAUGCAAAACGCCACUUCAUCACAGCUUGCUUUUGAAGAGGUUUGCUGGAACAAAAGUGCCUCCAAAGUAAUGUUUAAUUUGAUAUAAUUUUUUCAAUACAUUUCUUGUAUGCCCCCCCCCCCC